AUGGCUACUCCUACUGUAUUUAGCGGCUAUGGCGGGUGGCUUCCAAGGCAUCCUGAUAUCUACAAGAACUUCAUUAAUCGUCUCCUCAAGCGCGCUCUGCAGCGUAGCCAUGAUUCUCUCGAACAUGAACCUGCUGUUGCGGCUUUCGGAGAGGCAAUCCAAGGGGAUCCCGUCAUGAAGUCUCUGUUCGACCAAAUAUUCCGACAAGUCCAUGAACAGAGCAAGGUGAAGGACUUCGAAUGCUUGUUGCACGAGCUCGACUGUAUCAUCGUGACAGCGCCCAAGUAUGAGGUGGUAAGAGACUCGAAUGGCGAGGUGAUUGCCAGCGAGCCUGUCGGGGUGCCUAUGUAUCUCGUUUUCGAUUUGCUCAGCAACACAGCAGCGGGCUAUGACCUGUUCCGCAUGAAAAAAUUCAACCGUGCACUCAAAACCUUGUUGGAGAACUGGGGCAAAUUCCUCAUGCAAUCCGGGUCGAACUCAACGCUUAAUACAACUGACGAAGGCUGGUUUGGUGCGGCUGGAAUAACGCAUCUCGAGGAGCAUCUGGGGGAAUAUAGCUUCGAGCGGACCUACAAGUGUCCUGACGCGACAGCUGAUAAUCGCGGGUUUGAAACCUGGGAUGCCUUCUUCACUAGAGCGCUCAAUGAUGGUGUGCGCCCCAUCAAACCCGAACCUAUUGUAUUACCACCAGGUGGACCCCGUACUGCUGCAUAUCCGAUUCCCAUCUAUAACGCCUGCGAGUCCACCGUCCUACGCAUUGAGAGGAACGUGAAACAACACGAUCAGUUCUGGCUCAAAGGCCAGUCAUACUCCCUUUACGACAUGUUCAACCGCAACGACGAGUACGCCAAGUUGUUCGAGGGAGGGACUGUCUAUCAGGCAUUCCUCGGUCCCACCGACUUUCACCGCUGGCACAGCCCCAUCAAGGGCACAAUCACAGAUAUUGUCGUGGUUGAAGGAACAUAUUAUGCCGUGCUUCCAGAUGACGGGGCAGAGCAAGAUGACCCUGAACUCGCAAAGGGUGACCCUCGUGGUGCAUUGAUUCGCUCCCAGCCCUUCCUCACCAUCGAGGCCACUCGCGUACUGUUUUACAUCGAGUCGGAAGACAUUGGCACAAUGUGCUUCAUAGCCGUGGGGAUGGCGGAGGUGUCGACUUGUCAGGUGAGGGUGAAGAAAGGUCAAGCGGUAGUGCCCGGGAUGGAACUUGGAAUGUUCCACUUUGGCGGGUCCUCGCACGCCCUCGUAUUUCCCAAGGGGAUCUAUUUUGAGGAGGAAGAGGCUGUCAAAGUAGGCGAACACAUAUGGGUCAAUUCAACUCUCGGUCGAGCUAUUCGCAUGCCCGAGUCAGAGUGA